AUCAGUCCCUCUUGGAGAUGCACUUUGGGCCUCGCCGGGUGACUCCCCCGUCCCCCGAAUUAGCAGAUUAUUUUGCACGCUGGGGGUUCAGUUCGGUUGCUGGACGUUCUCUUCUGUCAUAAGCGGGGGUGGCCCCGACUCGAGGAACUCGCUGGCCCCCGAAAGGACAAAAACUGCGUUGGCGGGAAAAGAAAGAAAGAAGAGGAGGAGAAUGAGCGAGAUAAAUACUUCAGCUUCAAAUUCAGACAGAGAGACAAAACGUGAACAGCUGCCUCCUUGUGUGAAUCCUGGUAACCCUGUAUUUUCCUGCAUGUUGGACCCAAAGAUACUCUGCACAGCUACUUCCCUGUCAAAACCUACAAUGAUUAUGUAUAAAACCAAUUCAAGUGAUUAUGGUGAAUUUUUACCUAUUCCACAGUUUUUCCCCUGCAAUUAUAAUCCAAAGGGACAUGAAUUUUCAAAUCAUAUCAGAAGUACUGGAUUUUAUCAAAAUAAUACUCUAAGCACUGGACCUGACAGAACCAGAACCGUUGAUUUCCCUAAUUUUCAACACACUAUAUGAAAAUAUGUCACUGAAUUAAUGGAAGAUCAAUUAAAUCUGAAGUUGUGUUACUGAUUUAGAAAUAUAAAGACUGGAGUUCUAGGAAUUUUUAGAAAUAAAGUGUUUUAAUUGGCAACUGAA